AACUGAGAGAGAGCAUGGACAGAAGCGCCAGCAGCAUGCUGCUUCGGUCCUUUUUUGGCACUUCCUUUCUUUUCCAUUCUCCCUCCAACCUCAGGGGCGGCUUGCAUUGUUCAUUGAUGUUCUCCUUCAUCAGACAAGGAGACAUGUCCCUCUCUCUGCCAAAACAGAAUGUGAAUGGUGGUGAAUAGAAAGGACCCUUCCAGGGCAACACUUUGACAGUGUGCUUCUAUGCACACCCAUCUCUCUCUUGCGCUUCCUCAUCAGGAUCAUCCGCUUUGAGGAGAAGCAACAUCCAAGUGGCAGCUUGCAAACUUGGCACGUUUUGAGUCGAAUUCAAUGGCUCCCGGUGGAAACAUGAUGCCAAAUCUAACGUGCAACGUCACAAUUGAUGACUUCCGAAGCCGAGUGUACCCCAUGACCUAUUCUGUGAUUUCUGUGCUGGGGUUUGUUGAAAAUGCCUUUGUGCUGUGCGUCCUCAUAAGGACGUACCACGAGAAGACGGCCUUCCAGAUAUACAUGCUCAAUCUUGCUAUUUCGGACCUGCUGUUUGUUUGCACGCUCCCUUUACGAGUGGUUUACUAUGUUUACAAAGGCCACUGGUUCUUUGGCGACUUCUUAUGCCGCAUCAGUUCCUACACGAUGUACGUCAACUUGUACACUAGCAUUCUUUUCAUGACUGCCAUGAGCUUCUUCCGCUGCAUUGCCAUUGUGUUUCCCAUCCAGAACAUCCAUUUUAUCACAGAGAAAAAAGCCAAAGUCGUUUCUGUUGCGAUUUGGAUCUUUGUGACACUAACAAGCUCACCGUUUUUACUGAGAGGUUCACACUGGGAGGCUGCGACGAACAAGUGCAAAUGUUUUGAGCCUCCAGAAAAUGGGCAGAUGCUAAAGCUGGCGGUCCUGCAUUACAUUGCAUUGAUUGUUGGCUUCAUUAUCCCCUUUGUCACCAUAGUUAUCUGCUAUGCCAUGAUCAUCCGGACUUUGUUAAAAAAACCAUUGCAUAAGAAGGAAGCCUCCCGUAAAAAGGCCAUGUGGAUGAUGGUCAUUGUGACCGUUGUGUUCCUCUUGAGCUUCACGCCGUACCAUAUCCAACGCACUGUCCACAUCAAUUUCAUGAUGAGAAAGGAUACCAGUUGUGAGGAUACGCUCUACAUGCAGAAAUCCGUGGUGAUCACACUUUCCCUGGCUGCUUUCAACUGUUGCUUUGACCCUCUUCUCUAUUUCUUCUCUGGAGGCAACUUUCGGAAGCGGCUCUCUACUUUCCGGAAGACUUCCACCUCCAGCGUGUCACAGACGCAGAAGAGGAACAUGUCCUUGAAGUACUUCAAGGAGGUUACCAUUGAGGAAAAAACACCAGAAGAUGUGGAACUAUAGCCCCUCUGCUUUGAAGAAGCUGGUGCAGUUUGAGUUGAGAUAGGAAGCCAGGAGCUCAUCAGCAUGAUACUUCUUCAUGGAUGCAGAAUGCUGUAGUGCGGUGUUUCUCCACCUGGGAGUGAAAGAGGGGUCGCCAAAGACCUCUAGAAGACACAUAUUUCUAACGGUCUUGGGAACCCGUUUGGCAGAGAAGGCUGAAGAUCUCUCCGUCUGCUUCUUAUCCUUUUUGGUGUUGAUGAACUACAACUCCCAGACGUCAAAAACAGCCACCCCAACGACACCAGUAUUCAAUGUUGGCUAUGUAGGUAGUGUGCCAAGUUUGGUGCAGAUCCAUUAUGGGCUGGGUUCAGAGUGCUCUUUGAUUGCAGGGGAACUAUAAAUUCCAGCAACUACAACUCCCAAAUGUCAAAGUCUAUUUCCCCCAAACUCCAUCACUGUUCACAUUUGAGCAUAUUGAGUAUUUGUGGCAAGUUUGGUCCAGAUCCAUCAUUGUUUGAGUCCACAGUGCUCUCUGGAUGAAGGUGAACUACAACUCUAAAACUCAAGGUCAAUGCCCACCAAACCCUUUUUUUCUUGGUCAUAGGAGUUUUGUGUGUCAAGUUUGGUUCAAUUCCAUUGUUGGUGAAAUUCAAAAUACUCUUCGGGUGUAGGUUAAGU